AUGUCGGAAGGUAAGUAAAAUAUUGCUAGACGAUGUAACUCAAGUAUGUUUUCUUCAGGUGGUGAAUCAAAGUCAUCAAAAAAGGAGAAAGCACCAAAGGGAUUUGACACUCGCAAAUUCUUGAUUGAUUUGGUUUCGGGAGGUACUGCUGCCGCUGUAUCCAAAACCGCAGUUGCGCCAAUUGAACGUGUCAAGCUUUUGCUUCAAGUUCAAGAUGCUUCAACAACAAUCGCUGUUGACAAGCGAUACAAAGGAAUUAUGGAUGUUUUGGUUCGUGUUCCAAAAGAGCAAGGAUAUGCCGCUUUGUGGAGAGGAAACUUGGCAAAUGUAAUCAGAUAUUUCCCAACUCAAGCAUUGAACUUCGCAUUCAAAGAUACAUACAAAAACAUGUUUCAAAAAGGUGUCGAUAAGAAGAAGGACUUCUGGAAAUUCUUUGCUGGAAAUUUGGCAUCUGGUGGAGCUGCUGGUGCAACAUCACUUUGCUUCGUCUAUCCAUUGGAUUUUGCUCGUACUCGUUUGGCCGCUGAUGUUGGAAAAGCAAACGAUCGUGAAUUCAAAGGAUUAGCUGAUUGUCUUGUGAAAAUCGCUAAAUCUGAUGGAAUAGUUGGACUUUAUAGGUAAAAUUCCAAACGUUCGAUCAGAAAUUCAAACAAUCUAAAUUAAUUUGUUCCAGAGGAUUCUUUGUAUCUGUCCAAGGUAUCAUCAUCUACCGUGCUGCAUACUUCGGAAUGUUCGACACAGCCAAGAUGAUUUUCACAGCUGAUGGAAAGAAGUUGAAUUUCUUCGCCGCUUGGGGAAUCGCUCAAGUUGUCACCGUUGGAUCAGGAGUUCUUUCAUAUCCAUGGGACACUGUUCGAAGACGUAUGAUGAUGCAAUCUGGUCGCAAAGAUAUUCUCUACAAAAACACCUGGGAUUGUGCCGUCAAAAUUAUCAAGAACGAAGGAAUGUCGGCCAUGUUCAAAGGAGCACUUUCGAAUGUUUUCCGUGGAACUGGUGGAGCUCUCGUUUUGGCUAUUUAUGACGAAAUCCAGAAGUUCUUGUAA